UUUUUUUUUUCCAUUUUCAAUCACCACGUGAAUACAGGCGUGGUGGCAAAUUGUCCUGGCAAUUGUUUCCGCGCAUGCGCACUUCACUUUACUUUUGCACACCCAUCAAUUCCUGCCUCUUCACAGCCUAUAGCCUAUGUUAAUGCUGCAGGCAUUUUGUGAUCAUAAAAUACAAUAUCAAAAUAUAGCCUACUGCCUGUAGUUUUAUGCUGGGAGCAUUCAAUGAUAAAGUCACAGUAAUGAAUUGGACAAUAAAAAGAGAGACCUAUAAAUGUGCGCUCUAGUAGGACACUUUGAUAAGGUAGGACAAAUCGUAAGAAUACCGGGAUGUCCUUUCAUAGUAAGUGAUUUAGGAGAGCUUUAAUUCCAGAUGGCUGCAUACUGUAGCUAUUGUAUGGGCUAAAUAAUGCACCACACAUGUAAUUUAAGCCAUUAUUUCAUAAAUGAAUAUAGGUAGAUCGUACUAUACAGCACGCCUGUGCAGAGUGUGUGUGUGUGUGUGUGUGUGUGUGAGUUGGAUGUUGGAUGUAGCCGUACAUCCGAGGUCUCCCUGCGGACACGCGCCGUUCACUCUUGCCUGGGCGCGAGCGCACCACCCCUUCUGUGUCUGCGCUCAGCCAAUCAGAUUUCACACGCGCGUGGCAGGGCGCUCCUUAAAUGGUGUGAAGGAAAAGGGAUGCUCGCACUAGCUCUCUCGGUUUUAGGCAGGGCGCUGUAAUAUUUUUGUUUUAUUUUGUUUUGUUUCUCGUUUUAUUUCACGUUUCUGUUCCGUCGUGCGUUCAGCAAAGGACAGAAAAAUCUCUGCCACGCGCAAGCUUCAAUUUCCGCCGCGCGCGCGCUCACACACACACACACACACACACACGCACAAAAAUACGCCACGGUCUCAUUUAUUGUUCUGAGCGAUCCGUCAGCGUCCGACUGUCCUUGGGAGAACCUCAGCACCUCGCCGUAGCCUAAACAGCACAGACAAGUCCUCCUGACUUCCUUUACUCCAAGUGUCAAAGCCCGGAAACGAGAAUGGUCAUGGGAUCGACAGAGACUCAGUGGCGUCAGGCAGACUUGCCGCAGCUCCAGGGCUGGGCUGACAAGGGACUGCUGACACAGCCAAAGAUGAUAAUCAGUAACAUGGAGCCUCAGGUGACGAAUGGGCCGAACCCGGCCACAGCCAACGGGCCAUCGAGCAACAACCGCAGUUGCCCGUCGCCCAUGCAGACCAGCAGCUCCAACGACGACAGCAAGACCAACCUCAUCGUCAACUACCUGCCCCAGAACAUGACCCAGGAGGAGUUCCGCAGCCUUUUCGGCAGCAUCGGCGAGAUCGAGUCCUGCAAGCUGGUCCGCGACAAAAUCACAGGACAGAGUCUUGGAUAUGGAUUUGUCAACUACAUUGACCCAAAGGAUGCAGAGAAAGCCAUCAACACAUUAAAUGGACUCAGACUUCAAACCAAAACUAUCAAGGUGUCAUAUGCACGGCCCAGUUCAGCCUCUAUCCGUGAUGCUAACCUGUACGUGAGUGGGCUGCCUAAGACCAUGACCCAGAAAGAGCUGGAGCAACUUUUCUCCCAGUAUGGACGAAUUAUCACCUCCCGUAUCCUCGUCGACCAGGUCACAGGUGGUUCGCGUGGUGUAGGCUUCAUUCGCUUUGAUAAGAGAAUAGAAGCUGAGGAGGCCAUCAAGGGCCUGAAUGGACAGAAGCCCUCCGGUGCAGCUGAGCCCAUCACGGUGAAAUUCGCCAACAACCCGAGCCAAAAGACAAGCCAGGCCUUGCUCUCGCAGCUCUACCAGUCCCCCAACCGCCGCUAUCCUGGGCCCCUGCACCACCAAGCCCAGAGGUUCAGGCUGGACAAUUUGCUUAAUAUGGCCUAUGGCGUUAAGAGGUUCUCUCCCAUCACCAUAGAUAGCAUGACCAGUCUAGUAGGGAUGAACAUUCCCGGGCACACCGGCACUGGCUGGUGCAUCUUCGUCUAUAACCUGUCUCCAGACUCAGACGAAAGUGUGCUGUGGCAGCUGUUUGGGCCGUUCGGUGCCGUCAACAAUGUCAAGGUGAUCCGAGACUUCAACACCAACAAGUGCAAAGGGUUCGGCUUCGUCACCAUGACGAACUACGACGAGGCGGCAAUGGCUAUCGCGAGUCUGAACGGGUACCGGCUGGGCGACCGCGUGCUGCAGGUCUCCUUCAAGACCAACAAGACCCACAAGUCCUGA